CUGACCGCGGAAUGAACCGAGUUACCAAACAUUAGAAACAAGAGAAGGCACAAUUUCAAAACACUUAUCGAGAAGCGUGUUGUCAACCUCAUUAUUUCAUUCAAGUGAAUGUAGCCACCGGAAUAUGUCAAUUCAUGGACCCUGCUACAACCACGGCUCCGAUGCAAAACGACUGUGAGACAGAGCCAACUUCAGUCUGGAGCUGGUGGCCUUCCUGGCGUCCAACCUCCAUGUCCCUUUUAAAGACUACAGAGUCCAAGAUUCUUGCUUGUAUUCAGAAUGACCUCUGGGCUCGCUUUGUGACCCUGCCAAACCAGGAUCGAAUAUGGACUCUAACCAUCACCAACAAGGCGGCGCGCAAACCUGCAGAACAGGUCCAAAAGACUCCCCUGGUGAUGGUCCAUGGUUUUGGAGGAGGGGUAGGCCUGUGGAUCAGGAACAUAGACACGCUGAGUCGGUCACGUCCUAUUUACGCUUUCGACCUCCUGGGCUUUGGCCGGAGCUCCAGACCUCCCUUCCCCUCAGAUGCUGCCAAGGCAGAGGAGCAGUUUGUCGACUCUAUUGAGCAGUGGAGACGGUCUGUAGGCCUGGAGAACAUGAUUCUGCUGGGACACAGUCUGGGCGGGUACCUGGCUACCUCCUACGCCAUCCAGUACCCUUCGAGAGUGUCACAUCUUAUCCUGGUGGAUCCCUGGGGUUUCCCGGAGCGACCGCAGGCACAGACCCAAGAGGGUCAAGAUCAGAAGACAGAGGUGGUAAAGAGGCCGCCGCCUCCCCGCUGGGUCAAAGCUAUCGCAGCGGUGGUUACCCUCUUCAAUCCGCUGGCUGUCAUCAGAGCAGCAGGCCCAUGGGGUCCAGGCUUGGUGAACAGAUUCCGUCCUGAUUUCAAAAGGAAAUUCGAAGAUCUGUUUGAUGAUGACACGAUGACGCAGUACAUCUACCACUGUAACGCACAAAGCCCCAGUGGUGAGGUGGGUUUCAGGGCCAUGUCAGAGUCUCUGGGCUGGGCCAAGAGGCCCAUGCUGCAGCGGGUUCACUUGCUGCCCCCCUCCAUGCCCCUCACCAUGCUGUAUGGAGCCCGAUCCUGGGUGGACAGCUCAUCUGGGGACAGAGUGGUCCAGAUCAGGAAGCAGGCCCACACCAGAGUGCUGCUGAUAGACGAAGCCUCUCACCACGUGUACGCUGAUCAGCCAGGGGAGUUCAACAGAGUGGUGGAAAAAAUAUGUAACUCUGUUGAUUGAUAGCCAGUGUGUCUGUGUGUGUGUGUGUGUGUGUGUGUGUACGUAUGUUUGUGUGCGUAAAAGGACUGAAAGUAGACAAUUCAUGGUGGUUUUAGGACUGUGGUUUUUGCAUGUGCAGCAUGUUGGAUGGUUUUGCGUUGGAGUGAAUCAGGACACCAUGUACCUCAACAUGAGUGUGAAUGUAAUUUUGUUCUUAAUCCUGUUCUCAUCGUAGCAGGUUAUUGACAUUAUUGUAGUUAAGCUAUCUUGUCAUUUUUAAGCUGUUAUAUGUUUCCUUUUUUCAAUUUACUAUCGUUAGUAAAGGAUUUAUUUAUAACAUUUAUAACAUUGAAUUUGUUUAUUAAUGUUGUAAUACAGAGUAAUAAUUGAACCAUUUAAUUCAAUGCUAAAUUAUGUUGCCCACUGCUGUAUCUUUAACUCUAAGUGAAACAUGCACAUCUGUCUUGAUGCACUGGGUUUAUGUGUUAUGGAACAGCCACAAGGCUACCAGUUCACACUUUGUAUGUGCCUGACAUGAACCACUAAGUACUGUAUGACAUGUUAUUUAAUCUCUGUUCUUUCUUAUAUUUCCUCUGUAUCAAACAGCAGUAUGUAUUUUAUACCUUGGAAACAAUAAAAGUUUAUUUGACAAAUUGCAACGGUA